AUGGUGACUGCCGCGCCGAGCUCACCGCCCCGCCGCCCAACUUCGCCCCCAGCUCGCCGACGGCGUUCCGCGCCCAAGCUCGCCGACGGGAGCGCGCCGCCGACCCGUCGCGCGCCGAGCUCGCUGAGCCACUGCGGUCGGGCCUCCGCCGCGCAGCUCCGCGCCGAGCUCACCGCCCCGCCGCCCAACUCCGCCCCCGAGCUCGCCGACGGCGUUCCGCGCCCAAGCUCGCCGACGGGAGCGCGCCGCCGACCUGUCGCGCCCGAGCUCGCUGAGCCACUGCGGUCGGGCCUCCGCUGCGCAGCUCCGCGCCGAGCUCACCGCCCCGCCGCCCAACUCCGCCCCCGAGCUCGCCGACGGGUUCUGCGCCCAAGCUCGCCGACGAGCGAGCGCGCCGCCGACCCGUCGCGCACGAGCUCGCUGAGCCGCUGCCGCCGGGCCUCCACCGUGCAGCUCCGCGCCGAGCUCACCGCCCCGCCGCCCAACUCCGCCCUGGCACCGAGCUCGCCGACAGGUUCCGCGCCCAAGCUCGCCGACGAGCGAGCGCGCCGUCGACCCAUCGCGCCCGAGCUCGCUGAGCCGCUGCCGCCGGGCCUCCGCCGCGUGAUGAUGCCCAAGCAGGCGUACGCCGCCAUCGACCUCCCGAUCCUGGGCCUGCUCUUCGGCACCAUGAUGGUCAGCAUCUUUCUGGAGCUCGCCGACAUGUUCGGCUACCUGGGCAAGGCGCUGGCGUGGCGCAGCCGCGGGAGCAAGGACCUGCUGUUUCGCGUCUGCCUCGUGUCCGCGGUGGCCAGCGCGCUCUUCAUCGAGGACACCUACUGGGUCGUGCUCUUCAUCGAGGACACCUACUGCGACGGCGCAGGAAGAUCACCAGGACCACCAGCCACCAGCGCAGCAUCAUCAUCGAGGACGCGCCAGACGACGGCGAGAAGGGCAAGGACGGGGGCGCAGCGAGGAUGA